AUGGAGGACAAAAGUCACACAGUGGGGAUCUUCCAGGUUGGGGACUAUGUGGUGUUCGCCUUUCUAUUCGUGGUCUCCUCUGGUAUCGGGGUUUUCUUCGCCAUAAAAGAGAGAAAGAAAGCCUCAUCUAAAGAGUUUCUGGUCGGGGGCCGUCAGAUGUCCUGCGGGCCUGUGGCCCUUUCUCUCACCGCCAGCUUCAUGUCUGCGGUCACAGUGAUUGGGGCCCCAUCAGAUGUGUACAGAUACGGGGCCUCGUAUGUCAUCUUUGGGGUCGCCUACACGUUCGUGGUGUUUUUUACCGCUGAGCUCUUCCUGCCUGUCUUCUACAGAUCAGGCAUCACCAGUACAUACGAGUAUUUGGAGUUGCGUUUUUGUAAGCUUGUUCGAUUUGCAGCCACUUUCAUUUAUAUCAUUCAGACGAUUCUGUACACCGGUGUGGUAGUUUAUGCGCCAGCUUUAGCACUCAAUCAAGUGACAGGAUUUGAUCUUUGGGGAUCCAUAUUUGCCACUGGCAUUGUCUGCACUUUUUACUGUACAUUGGGUGGGCUGAAGGCUGUGGUCUGGACAGAUGCCUUCCAGAUGGUGGUGAUGGUGGUGGGGUUUCUCACGGUGCUGAUCCAGGGUGCGAGUCGAGCGGGAGGGAUUGAGUCUGUCUGGAGCACAGCUCACACUGGAGGCAGAAUGGACGUCUUUGACUUUGACAUUAAUCCACUGAGGCGACACACGUUCUGGACACUCACUGUGGGCGGCACCUUCACCUGGUUGGGCAUCUACGGAGUAAACCAGUCAACCAUCCAGAGAUGCAUCUCUUGCAAAACAGAAGGUCAUGCACGCUGGGCUCUGUAUCUGAAUCUGCUGGGUCUGUGGAUCAUUCUGUUCUGUGCUGUGAUAUCUGGUCUGAUCAUGUACACUUUCUACUCGCGUUGUGACCCCUGGUCGACUGGAUCGGUCUCUGCUCCUGACCAGCUCAUGCCAUAUUUUGUGAUGGAAAUUCUCGGUGCGUUUCCAGGACUGCCAGGCUUAUUUGUCGCAUGUGCAUUCAGUGGAACACUGAGCACAGUAGCUGCCAGUAUCAAUGCUUUGGCCACGGUGACGUAUGAGGACUUUGUGAGCCAGUGUUUUAGAGAUCUGUCCAACAGAGCGGCCAACUGGAUCAGCAAAGCUCUGUGUGUGGUGUUCGGUGUGGCCUGCACUACUAUGGCUGUGGCUGCAUCAUAUAUGGGAGGAAUUGUGCAGGCGGCCCUUAGUAUCCACGGCAUGUGCGGAGGCCCGAUGCUGGGUCUGUUUUCUCUGGGAAUCCUGUUUCCUGUCACUAACAUACAGGUUGAUCUAAACUUUCAUACCAGAGUUGUCAUGAAUAACGAAUUGUUGGACUGA